AUGUCGUCCCCUCAGAAAUACCCAGGCUCGCCAGGGAAUACAGCACCUCUGCGCCGUGGCCUCUUCAGAGAUGGCCUCUGGUGUUGUAACUGCCCAGACCGCCCAGUUGCCGCCCGUCGUCAAACUAAGAAGCAGGGAGCAAACUUCGGGAAAUGGUUUUGGACCUGCGCGCAACCUUCACAUCUCAAAUGCAGCUUCUUCCUGUGGGCAGAUGAGGCUACAAUGCGUGAGCAAGCAGCCGUUCUUGCCAACUCUCGAUCCGAGCUCGACCCUAUCUCGCCCACCCCACCAAGGCAUACCCCAGGACGUAUGAACAACGGCUUACUCACUCCACAAACUGAGCGCAGAUACAUCAAUACUCCCCAGCGCAACUUCAAGUCGCCUCCUAAGACAGCCAAGGCUAGAAUGAUCUCAGAAGCGUCGGAUGAUUUUGGCUGGGAUGACGACUCAGAUGGCAAUGAGGAGCUUGUAAAGGCACUAUCUUCCAGCCAGACUGAGAGCUUCAUCUCACAGCCCAACUUCCACCCCGAAUCCCCGUUCAAGACCCCCCGCACCUCCACAGUGACCUCACCCGGCAAACACAAACUGGCAGAAGCCACAAAUGAUAAUCCUUUCCACAGCCAGUAUACACCCGCGACGCCUUUCUCCGCCCGCUCCUCUCGCACCGAUAUAUUCCCCCCCUCGUCUGUGGAAUUAUGCAUGACACCCACGCCUAGCAAAUACAGCAAUGUACUUUGCGCAGACUCGAAGUUUGACACCUCGGAUCUUGCAAAGAGUCUACUCGAUAUUCUGGAAAAGCAUAGUGUUGUUUUGCCAAACAAAGCACAGGAUGAAAUUGUUUCGCUGCUUAACCGGCAGGACUUGAAGACGCAGGGGAUUAUUCGGGGGCGGGAUAUGACGCGGCUGGCGUUAAAGAAGAAAGAUGACGAUAUUAAGAAGCUGCAAGACCGUAUCUCAAACCUGGAAGCUCAGGAGGAACUGGAUCGCUCUCUUAUUGAAGGGAUGAAGCCCUAUUACUGA